GCAGCCACAAGCAUGGCGAGUCUCUACUUGUCUAUACUUGGCAUCACCUUCGUGAUCAUCACUGUAUCAUAUUUCGCCCUGAACGAGAAGCAAAGGGCCUUGCUUUCCAGCAGAUUCGGUCUCAAUUUCCAACGUAGACCAUCAUGGACUCCUCCAAGAUCUCCAUCUCCAGCAAAACGAGAACUAUCCGAGAAAUAUACCCUUCCUCCUGGUCAAGAAUACAAAGACACAAUUCCUCCCUGCAGACGUCCUGCCCUCGCGGAAAUCGCAGAUAGUAGAUUCAGUGUCGGAGGAAAGUCUGGCAAGGGCUUGAGUGAACUACCUCACAACACCGACAAGCCUCUCCCAGACGAUCGCAAUGUGCUGGCUCCCGAAUACAAGAAAUACUCUACCCCUACUGGUUUCACCGUGGAAGAAAUCAAGGCAUUGGGCAACUUCCCAGAUUACGCCACCCUCAGUGGUGUCCCUCUGCCCAAACCUUGUACCGAUUUCAACAUCAACACCGCCAUGGCUAGACCCUACCGACCAAUCCGCUGGGCCUACCACCAAACAAUGUCAUACAAAAAACUCGAACCAGACUGGUGGCUCGAACUAGACAAAACCUACACCUCACGUAUAAAACAACGACAAGACCUUUACACCGCCCACGGCUCAGAAAUUCUCCAAUCCCUGCCCGGUUCGGAAAUCGCAUGUAAAGAACUCAUGGAAAUGUGUUUGCAAUUCCUCUGCUCUCGAUACCCUGCCCACUUCUCCAUCGAUGCCCGCAACCUCCUCUUCCACAAUAACAUCCUCAACACAACUACAAAUCUCAAAGAGAUGGAUCCUUUAGAGGUGUUGUUGAACAAUAUCCCUGAAGACUUUGCUAUCGUGUUGAGGAAUCCAGAGACGGGAUAUUAUAGUUUCAGAGCCGGUGUUGUUUGCAGUAGUCUGGGCUGGAGUGUCGCCAGUAAAAUCGGCAUGGAUCUCAAGGAUAUCCACAAGCCUAUUCCCGAUUACAAGGAAAAGAUGGAAUUUUCAAUGGAUAGAUUCUUCGCCAAACUCCCCACAGACAAACCAAUCCAACGAGGUUCCUGGGGUUUGGAAAUAGACGAACCCCUCUUCAUGCCACCCUCCCACCCCCACUUCUCCCUGCGAGACCACCAGGACCCUUCUCUCCCUCUCUCCCGCACAAACCUGCGCGUAGAUUGGCAAACCCUGCGCCGCCUGCCCCUCUCCGGCGCCGUGGUGUUCAAUUUCAAAUGCCUAUUCACACCGGUGGCUUCCUUUGCGGAGGAAGCGUAUAUACCCGGUUUGCUGUUGAAAGUGAUCAGAGAAGGGAAGAGGGAAUUGAUGGAGUAUAAGGGGACGUGGCAUACGGAGCAUGUGGUUGUGCCUGCGUUGGAGGAGAUGGAGAGGGAGCAGGUGAGAAAAGGUGUUGUGGAAGAGGGGUGGGAGGUGCAGACGUUGGAUGAGUAUCCUUAUUUUCCUGGGUGGGAGGGGAAAUGGAGAAAGCAGCAGGGGUAUUAGGAGUGUUGGUGAGAUGGGGGGUUGGGUUUGAUGAACUAAUGUGUGUAUGGUUAUGCUUGUCUGGUUGUUUCACGUUUAGCGUAGCCACAUGGUCGUAUCUUAAAUGUUCACAGUAAAA